UGCGCGCUGCUUCUCCCGAUCUGUCUUUGGAUAUGUUUGGUCACUUUAUGGCAGCAAUGUGUAGGAGAGAGGGAGGCAGGAGGCGAGUGUCCUCUCCCCUCUCACUUCUGCGCUGAGCCCUCAGGAGAGCGCAUGGAGAAGGACUGGCUGCUCAGUGACUUGAUAAACAAAAUGUCAGCGCUUCUGUGAAGAGCAGUGGCGGCCGCUCCACUCCAUCCACGCGGACCUCGGCAGCUUCUGUCCGGCUUCCAGCUGAACCAUGGUUUGAGUUUUGGUUACCAGUGACCGGAAGCUUGCUAUGGAGCACGUUGCGCGUCAAAAUGAGUUUGAGCACUAACAAUGUCACAAACUUGGGGAAAAAUGGUUCUUCGGAACUCUUCUUGGGGAUUCUGCAGGUCAACAUCACCAACGGCUCCGGAGGAGAGCACCAGGAGGCCGGCAAGGUGGACCUCACCCGAGCCGUCGUGCUCGCCUUGGUUCUGGGGGCUUUCAUCGUCUUCGCCAUCGCCGGCAACAUCCUCGUCAUCCUCUCCGUGGUGUGCAACAGGCACUUGCGCACCCCCACCAACUAUUUCAUCAUAAACCUGGCCAUGGCUGACCUGCUGCUGGGCACCACGGUGCUGCCGGUGUCCGCCACUUAUGAGAUCCUGAACUACUGGGUAUUCGGCAGAAUCUUCUGCGACAUUUGGGCAGCGCUGGAUGUGCUGUGCUGCACCGCGUCCAUCAUGAGUCUGUGCGUAAUCUCCAUCGACCGCUACAUCGGAGUGAGCCACCCGCUGCAGUACCCGGGCAUCGUGACGGAGAAGCGGGCGCUGCUGGCCAUGCUGGGAGUCUGGGUGCUGUCGGUGGUCAUCUCCAUCGGACCUCUGCUCGGGUGGAAGCAGCCGCCGUCGGAUGAUGACAUGGAGUGCCUCAUCACCGAGGAGCCCUUUUACGCGCUCUUCUCCUCCCUCGGCUCCUUCUAUAUCCCCCUCGCAGUCAUACUGGCGAUGUACUGUCGGGUCUACAUCGUCGCCAAAAGGACCACUCGAAACCUGGAGGCAGGUGUGAUGCGUGAGAGGAUGAACACCAGCGAGCUGACCCUCAGGAUCCACAAGGGCUCUCAGGUGCACGAGGAGCCCGGGACCUCCAAGGGCCGCGGACACCAGGCGAGAAGCUCCCUCACUGUCAAACUUCUCAAGUUCUCCCGGGAGAAAAAAGCUGCCAAAACCUUGGGGGUCGUGGUGGGCAUGUUUAUCCUGUGCUGGCUCCCUUUCUUUUUGACCUUACCUAUAGGGUCUUUCAAUGAGAACCUGCGCCCCCCAGAGCUCCUCUUUCGGAUAAUCUUCUGGCUCGGCUACUUCAACAGCUGCUUGAACCCCAUCAUCUACCCAUGCUACAGCCGUGAGUUCAAAAUGGCCUUCAUUCGCAUCCUGAGAUGUCAGUGUCAUCAGCAGAAGCGGCCCAGCUGGAGAGCCUACAACUACAGCUCCUCUAACUUCAGCUCCUCUGGAAACUCCCGGAAAAGCUCCACGGAUCACACCCCCAGCUGGAUGAAUGGAAGCCAGCGUACCCUGCCCUCCUCGGCUAGCCCGAGCCCCAGCUACCUAAGCUCGGGCCUCCCUCCUUGCCCAGAAGGGGAAACAUUGUAUAUCUGGGGAGCCAGCACUCCUACUCCCUCCACACCCAACCUGCUCCUUGGCAGCCCUGCAGACUGCCAGCAGGUGGCUCUGAGAGGGGAGGUUAGAGGAGACAAAGCAGCUAAAGACCCCGCUGGAGGUGUUUUCUCCUUCUCCUUCGAGAACAGUAAAGACAAAGAAGGGCGCAGCAAGGACGGCAUCAUAAAUGAUGACAAGGUCUGACUGCCGCUUCUUACUACAAUGUGAUGUAGUCGUUAUGGGAGCACAGUCAAUGUGUGGCCGUAGGACGUGACAGGCUUCACCGUGCAUGCUGAGGAUCGCUCAUCUGAGCAGAUGAACGGUGAUAAACCUGCUGUUGUUCUCGUUGCAUCACAGAUGUUGUGCUCCAUGUUGCUGUUUCUGUGAUUGCGACAGACCAGAAGCUUCCUAAAGUGAAUAGUUCUGGAACACUUUACCAAAUGUAUGUGUUGUUGUCUUCUGCAGACUGGAGGGAAAUCUGCAUGCAUUUCUAUUUAACUACAAUGGGGGCAAAAAAAAUCAAUUUAAGAGUUCACCUUCAAAAACAUUAUCUGUGUAAAAAAAAGAAAAAGGCAGAGCCAAGGUCAAUCGUACAAAAGACGUUCACUUGAUAUCUCCAUUGUGAAAGUAAAGUGUUUCUAAAGUCGUGCGCACAAUCAUCAGUUUUCCUGUUGUGGGUAUAUUUGUAGAAAUGUGAUGGAUAAAUAAAAGUGUAAACUUUG